ACUAGCAGUGGUAGAGUGCGCGAGGGAGGGAGCGAGCGGUUAGAGUUUGUGAGCAACCGCAAGUAAGCGGGAGGGCAGGCGGCGCUGUGUGAUGUGGGAUUUAUCGGGAGAGGCGGCGACAGCCGAAGAGUGGGGUACGUAGCCCGGUAAGCCGGAGGGAGCGCUGUGGGCUGGCAGGCCAUGGGCAGAGCGUACAGCGGCCGGACCCGCAGAGAGAGACACCCUGAGUCCUAAGAAGGGAGCAACACCCAGCAGAGGCAGCAACCCCCUCCCCUUCUCCGCAGUCAACGUCCACCUCCCAAGCAAAGUCUCGAGGAAAUAGGGGCAACAGGCAGGCCAGAGCCCCUGGCACUGCGGCCACCAAGCCCGACCUAGCCCCUCCCCGACAUCUAGAAGGAACUGUUCCUGCAGUAGCAAGUAAAACGAGUGAACAGAGGUAAAGAAGACUGUGUUCAAAGCAAGACUAUAUUUGUAUCUGCUCUGCUCUGUUUCGUUUGGUUUUCAGCAGUUGCACAAGUGCUGAUAAGCUAUCAUACCAAAGCUAACAUCAUGUGAGCAGCUAUUGCUGCAGAAUUUAGGUAACACAAUCUGAACUGGUACAAGAACACAAUGAUGUUCCGUGAUCAGGUGGGCAUCCUUGCUGGCUGGUUCAAAGGAUGGAAUGAGUGUGAACAGACUGUGGCUCUACUUUCACUUUUAAAACGGAUUAGUCGUACACAAGCCCGUUUCUUGCAGCUGUGUCUGGAGCAUUCACUUUCUGACUGCACAGAAAUCCACAUCCUUGAGUCAGAAGCAAACAAUGCAGCAAUAGUGAACCAGUGGCAUCAAGAGCCAAAGGAGAAGGUAGUGUCUUUACUGCUGUCGCACCUUCCACUUCUUCAACCCAGGAAUACAGAAGCAAAAUCUGAAUACAUGAAUCUUCUUCGGAAAGUGCUUACAUACUCUAUUGAGAGCAAUCUGUUUAUUGAAGAGAGUCGGCAACUUUUGUCAUAUGCGUUGAUUCAUCCUGCCACAACGCUGGAGGACCGCAACUCUCUGGCAUUGUGGCUGAACCAUUUGGAGGAACGGAUGUCCAGUAACUAUUCAUCUCAGAGCAGGGGGAGAUUAGAAACUGUCUACCAUGUACGACAGGGCUCUGAUGAAUGGCAGAGCCAGACAGAGUCUGUGAUUGAUAUGGGGCACAGUUGGCAGGACAAAACACCCUCUAGAGAGAAUGGACAUUUAUCAUUUCAUCCCUCCUCCUCUGUGCCAUCAGCUAUGAACAGUAUUGGAAGUAAUACAAAUACAGUUAAUCCAUGCCAAAUUCAUCCCAGCCCAUUAAAGCGUUCUGUGUCUUUGAUUCCUUCAAACCAACAAGCUCCUAGUGACUGGACAAGUCAAGAGGAACUUAGUACGCGACCUGCUUUUGUCCCAUCUGAUCAUGCACCGUUAUCUCCACAGAGCAGCAUAGCAUCAUCGGGUAGUGAGCAGACAGAGGAGCAGGGCACCUCUCGGAACACAUUUCAGGAGGAGGGCAGUGGUAUGAAAGAAUGUGACCAAGGGAGCUAGACACAAAAUUGCACUAAGUAUCCAGAAGCUAAGGGAGAGGCAGAGUGUUCUGAAGUCUUUAGAGAAGGAUAUCCUGGAAGGCGGUAAUCUUCGCAGCGCACUUCAGGAGUUGCAGCAGAUCAUCAUCACUCCCAUUAAAGCAUACAGCUCUUUGCAAACAGCUCAGAAGGAGAGCCAAGGAAUGGACUCUUCAGCCACUGUUGGCUCUAGACUAAGUCAGGAAAAAAGUAGCAAGACAGAGGACAAAGACUCACCAGCAGAUAACUUCCAAUCACAGAGUGCAACGUCUUGUGAUGGAGAGUCAACUACUGCUCCUGUUCCUGAAGGAGACAUAGCUGGACAAUUUACUAAAGUGAUGGGAAAAGUUUGUACACAGCUGCUUGUAUCACGGUCAGAUGAAGAAAACAUCACCUGCUACCUUCAGCUUAUAGAGAAAUGUGUGGCACAUGAGGCCUUCACAGACACACAGAAAAAAAGACUUUCGUCUUGGAAACAACAAGUACUAAAGCUGCUUAGAACAUUCCCAAGGAAGGCAAUGCUGGAGAUGCCAGCUUAUCGGCAACAGAAAAAUUGGCCCAUUGGUUCCAAUUCUCUACCCAUAGCAACUGUGGGUGUUGGACGCAGAGGCCAACGGCAGUUUCAGAUGCCUCCUCGGGCAGUGCCUGCUAGCAGAAUGAAUUUGUUGAGUCCAUCUGGAAUUGGAGGAGUCUCACCUCGGCACGUAUUGAAUACCUCCAGCAUGGGAAGUCAGGGAAGACAGAACCUGUGGUUUGCCAACCCUGGUGGUAGUAAUAGCAUGCCUGGCCAGAGUCGCAGUUCUGUUCAGCGGACACAUUCAUUACCAGUCCACACGUCUCCACAAGCAAUGGUAUUGUUCCAGCAGCCAGACUGCCAAGUUAUGGGGACAGACCUUGAAAUUAAUCCUACACUGGAGUCAUUGUGCCUCAGUAUGACCGAGCAUGCUUUGGGCGAUGGAACCGACAAGACAUCAACCAUCUAGCAGCAGUAUGAAAACACUUUGAAUUCCUGAACAGCUUCAGGACUUCUAUCUCAGUUACACCAAGGGUCACUACAACUUACUGUGUAUAUGUUCUCUGAUAUUUUUCUACUUUAUUAUACUUCAUAACUAUGGUUUAUUAUUAAAAUACUACAGUUUAAUGUUUAGAGAAGAAGAGUUUGAAUACUCCUAUGAUAUAAUGGAAGAAAAAAAAUCAUACAAUAUAUUCCUUUAGGAAGACCUCCUAGAUGUUGAGAGGAAAUUAUCUUGUACAUUGAAUGCAGCUAGAAGGUGAUUGAGUGCGGAGGAGCACAGUUCUUUUUCGAGCAUGGAAAGGAAGUAUUUGUGCAGGCAGUAAUUUGACUGAUCUGCACAAUAGCACAGGAGGGUGGCUGGCUUUUACUUAAGAUACUUAUCAUUGUGUUCACAUUGCUUUAGACUUGUGGGGCUGCUGUCUGACAACUUGAGUGGGUUUUCUGAGGUCACAGUGCUGGUCACUUUGUGGUCAUCAGUAAACUAGAGCAGUCUGCAGAAUGUUCAUAGUGAUGAACACUGUGCCCAGAUCAGGUAGCCUUCACUAGUAAAGAAGGUGGCUUACAGUGUUCGUGAUCUUCUACUACUAUAAGUUUGAUUCUUGUCUGUUAAUGUUUUGUCAUAGGUAUUAUUUUUAACCAGUUUGUGAUCCAUGAUCAUUAUGUGGCUUUGACUUGGGUUUUCAUCAUGGAGUGAGCCUGAAACUGGGUUUGAGGGUUUCUUAUUGCAUAGACAGGCAGUGUGCACAACAUAAACAGUAUUUUUAAUACCACCCAUUUCUUUCUUAUUUAUCUUGUAGGGUUCCCCUAUGCUGUAUGUGUUUCCUUAGAGGUAUGCGAUGUAAACUACCCUUCCUUAACAUUUUUUAAUUUACUAUAUUACAUACUGCUUUAAUUCUUACUCCCUGAAUGAGCUUCUGAAAGAUAGUUGUAUGUGAUUCCGGGUGCUGCUGUUGCACACGCAUUCUCACAUUUUCCAAGCACACAUUAUUUGCUGCUUAACUUGACAGUCUGGUGCUGGAAUUUGUUUUGCAAACUUAACCCUUCUGUGCUGGCAUCUUCUGAUAACAUCUGUCUCAGCCUGCUGUGUCUUCAAAGUUUGUGUAUCACAGUUGGAGCACUAAACUGAAUGGAGAAGUUAAGCAUAAAAUGUGGAUUUGGAAGAAAAAGAUGGAAAUCUCUUCUCCGUUACCCACCAAAAUUUACAUACAGCCAAUGACAUGACAAGUUUUGUGACCUAUAUAUCUGAACCAAGUAUAUUUUGUGCACAGUGAAUUUGGUGGCCUUACCCUCCUCCAUGUAGUGUUUGUGACCAGGUUCUUGUCUUUUCAAAUACACAGUAAAAGCAUGUUGAAUGCAGGAUCUUCCCUUGUAUCACUUUUGAAGUAUGGUGCUACUGUCUUGUAUUUGGUGUGACAUAUAUAUUUGCUAUUGGCAUGUUAUGUGGGUUCUCAAGUGCUGCAUUGUUUUUGUCCGUUAUCUUGCAUGUUAGGCCCCAACAUAAGCUGGUCACCUAAACACAGUUUUUGUAGUCAUCUUUUCCUUAGCAGCAGCACCCUGGACUUUGAUUUAAUUAUACAGCUGAGUGUACAAAAUAUUGUUUUGAAAUGUGUACCUCAGACUUGAUCGGACAUUCAAAUACUUUGGAGUCAGAGUAGUAUUCUCAAUUUUAUGUCAGGCUGUUACAUUACAGUACAGAUAAACUCUAAAUGUGUACAGGAAGUUAUGUGUGAUGUCCCAGAAGAAUCAUUCAACUGUAUCCGUGGACGUUUACUUCUUUCUGUUUACUUUCAGCUGCUGUUUACAGCAUCGAUUCAUAAUGUUGACAGCCGCUUUUCAUGUUUGUUUCAAAUGUUAGUUCAUUUUCAUAACCAUAACUUGAUUAUAAGAAUUUGGAGAUGCCUUUUACUUCCUUUAUUAUUUGCAGAAGUUUUCUUUCCUUAGAAAGCCAGCACAGGUGUUUAGUUUGUACAUGUUGAAAUGGUCCUUGUCAUUCCUGUAAGGUAGUACUGCUUCAUCCUUUGUCUGUGGUUUGGAAUUUACAGUAGAUGUUUCCUUACUAUUUUGUGCAGUAAACUCUGUAUGGUUAUUUUCUUGCCCUUGUAGAUGAAGAUUUUCUUAUCUUGGAGAUUCUAGAUCUCACACUUUCAGAAGCUGCUCUCAUUUACCACAGGAUAUCUGUGUACUGUCCUAUGUUUAUCUGGGGAUAUGGGGGUUGUUUAUUAGCCCUAUUUUACAAUGAAGGCAGAAAUGCUGUUUCUGCUGAGUGGCUUAUUUCCAUUUUUUCAUCUGUUUUUACAGUGUUCUAUUCAUAUGUUUGAAUAGAGCAAAUAACCUUGUUACAGCUGAAUUUCUUAUCACGUUUCUAACCUCUUUCAUUGGGGCAAUAGAAUGUUGUUUUAGCCUCUUGGGCUAAAACCCAAGUGCAAGAUGGCCCUGACAGUUUGAACUUGGGCUUUCCUUAUCUUGAGGUGCAGUACAUUCCAGCAAUGCACUGGGCAGUCUCUAGGACCUUUUUUAUUAACCGCUGCAUUUCAAGCUACUUUUGUUGGCAAAUACAGAAGGUACAUUUUUAUAUAGGUUUGGCUUGUGAAUGUGGAACUAAGGUUAUAAAAGCUGAAAGGUAUAAAUGUGUAGCUCCAUAAAAGGCAGAGUUCUCCACUAUUUUGUUUUCCCCUGAUCUUCCUGAAUUUCAUUGUGACACCACUCUCUCUAUUCCAGUCAAAAUAUUGAUUUGAUUUGAACAGCUGCACUGUUAGUCAUAUUGAAUCAAUGUUUCUGUACUAACCAACCAUAUAUAUAUAUAUAUAUAUAUAUCCCCUUUUUGGGGACCCUUUUGCAUUUAGACCUUCUGCCAUCUCUUAAACACCCUUAUUCAGUCUGCAAGUCGGGUUUACUGACCUGACUUUCACCACUGUUUUCCCUCAAUUUAGGAAGGGACCAUUAUUUCUGAAAUUGAAGACCCUAGUUAUUUGAACUAAAGACAGAAGAUGUGUGGAGCAGUUCUGUUGUGGUGUCAUUUUCAAUAUCCAGUUUUUUAUUUAGUUAUUUAUUUAUUUUUUUUUGGAGAGACCUUAAGUAGAAUGCUUAAAGGACAUGCAGAGUACAGUGCGCAUGUACUACCAGGAAGCAUGCCGCUCCAGGAUGCUGUUUAAUCACUUAGGGCUAAUCUAGUGCUUCUGCUUUGGAAUGCUUAUGGGCCUGUUCCUCACUGAAUGACAGUUGGCCAUCAGCUGCUCUUCUUUCCACCUCUUGCCUGGCAUUUCAGGUCUGUUAGUCAAAUGAAGAGUGCAUGCAUUGCAGUUUGGUGUCUUGCUGCUGAACCAGUCAUUCACUUUAAUGCUAAACCACACUUACUGUCUGUAACACUAAAUUUUUUCAGGUGAAAGUCUAAUGUUCCCAAUUUUCUUUAUUUAAAGCUGUCUUUCUAAGUGCUGCUGCAUAUAUCAGCUUUUAAACUGUUACAGCACAUUUACAGGAGUCUUUUUAUUCAGGUUCACAAGCAUUUUCUCACUUACAUUUAGGUAUAUAGUCUCUGGUAACCUAAGUCAGGCAUCAUCAAUGAGGGCUGUACUUGUCCUUAGUUGGUGACCCUUCUUGAGGGAAUCUGGGAGAAAUUACCAAGUAUUGGAGAUCUCUGUCAAAAGGCAUGGAGCAGUCUGCUUAUGAGUAUAGCAUGAAGUAGUGAUCUGUCAGUAGGGGAAAGUAUGAGCAAGUUAGAGUUACGUUUAAUGUUAAAAGUGUGCAGUUUGCCGAUUGUUGCUGAAAAUCUUGGGACAUAUGAAGUUCAUGUUUAAAGCAAUUACCAGUGUAGCCAGAUUGAAAGUUUCUUUUAUGUGAUCACUUUAGUGGUUGCACACUACCAUAGGUGUAAAAUUGAGUCUGAUAAGGAAGUCCUUAGUAUUUGAAUUGUACGCUGUUAAAAAGCCUGCAAGUUGCACAGAAAUUCAUACAGUUGUAUGGUGAGUUUAUACUUAACGUUUGUGCUUUUUGUUACUAUGUUGCUACCAGUAGCUGUUUUCUAUUCUGGUAAUAUUGCUGUCAUUAGACUUGUGUUGUUCUGUGCUGUUUCUUUUGAGUUUCUGAACAAGGAAGUCAUUGUUACUGCAUAUUGCCUUUAUAUAGUCCUAGAUGAUGGAAGAAGACAUUAGUUGCUGAAGGGAAAGGAGACUGCCCAGAAAAAAAGGGAAUGUGUCUGCAUUAUGAUAGUGAAAAUAAGCUGAAGAUAAGGUUCUGCUGUCUCAUUGAAAAUAAUAACCUAAAAAAAUUGAAAUUCCGUGAAUAAGUAAAACCUUUAUCAACUGUGUAAACAUACAUUGUAUGUUGUUUGCUCAGUAUCCAUACUCUUGUUCAAGCCCCUUUCCCACCCCAAAGAAGUUGUAAUACUUUUUUAUACUUGUGGGCAUUUCUGAUGGCUCUUAGCAUUAAAAGUUUCCAGUCUUUAAUUUUACCUUUUUCUCGCAUCAUAAAUGAAUACAUUUUCUUAAACUCGCAUUUCUUACUAAGUGUGUGCUGUAUAGCAGCCCACUGCUGUCUUUUAAAUACUUUGCCUUACAUAGUAGUGAAUGACUCGGUUAUGUGUCGUCCUCAUUUCACUAUCUUGAGAUCCUCUGAUGUACUCCCAGAUUUGCUUUUGUGCAUUUAUCAGACCAUAUGCACAUUGUCUUGCUCUUUUCUUGCCAGCACACAUUUUUCAUAAUGCUUCCUUUCCUUUUUUCCCCCAAACCAGACAGGGCAAUAAAGAGCUCAUGUCUCUUUGCCCAGCACUGAAAGGAUCAAAAUUCAUAGGCAUAUUACUUUGUGUUAUGUUUUUUGUUAGCUUUACAUUACAAAAAUGUCAUUAAAAUGUUUUGUGCUCUGCGUGACUGUUUAGAGUGGUGCAAAUAUGUUAACUAGCUGUUUGCCAACCCUGUGAUCGUGCUCCAAAACCAUGUCUAACCUCAGACUAAAAAGGAAGAGAAAUCUGUUCUCCCCACCAGUUACCAUCAUCUGCAUUCAUAACAGCCAAACCCUGUUUGAUAAAAUGUUAUAGCUUAGACAGCUGCUUGUGUUUUCCUAACAUCCCAUAUGUGUCAGUAAGUUACAAGGGGACAGUAUCCUGAGGGUUGGGAGGGAGGGAUUUCUUUUUUUUAAUGUUGUUAAAACCUGUUUUUCUUUUGUGGUUUAAUUAAUGUGUUCAGAAGGAAAGGUGAAAUUAUAUGUACAUGUACAUGCCAUUUCCAUUUUAACAUAUUUAUGUCUUAUGUGCAUACUUGCAGAUCAAGUGAAUUUAAGGUGUCAUGCUUUUGAAACAACAAAAAAAGUAUACCAUUAUCUUAGGAAUGCUGGAAGUCCACCAGUCUGUGCAUUAUGGACUUGUAAUUAGAAGUACAGUCUAGUGGAUUUUCACUUCUCUGAAUUGCUAGGUUCUUUAUGCUCUUUUCUUAUUGCAGCCAUGUCACGUUUUAGCAGGCUGGACUUGCACAGACUUGUGUGUAUGGUUGUAGUGGGGUAAGUGGAGCUCCAGAUCUGCUCACUGUCUUUAUAGAUUUACCAUAUCAAGAUGAUUAGCACUACUCAGUGCGUGACUGUCUGAUAAAAAGUCCCAAACCAGCUAAACUUGCUGUAAAUUUCAAAAGUAAAGCCAAGUAUGUACUUGAUUCCAUUGAUAAAGAAGUUGCAGCCAUUGCAGAACUGUGGUGUCCAACUGUUGGGGCAGGCUUCCCAUUGUAAACUUUUUGAGAGGACCCACUUCUGUUGGUUGCAUCUUGAUAAAUGUUGGAGAACAGUGCCCUGAUGCUUGCAGAUUUGACCCUUAUUAACUAACACUGUAAAGCUUGUAAAAAGUUAGACCCCAAGCAGAACACUUAACUUUUAACACUACAGAGUAACUGUUUAAAGAAAUUACUUAUCUUUAUUGAUGAAAUGAGGGGAAAAUGUCUGAAUUUAAUCUUGUGAACUGCAGUAAACAUAUGGUGCAGAAGAACUGACUAGUCUGAACUGGUUUGACUGACAUAGUUAAUUAUGCACUAUGGCAGUAAAAAAAAAACAUAUAGAGUUUAUUUAGAAGGAUUUGGAAUUGAUUGGCCAAGAUUAGUAAAAUGUACUGUAUGUUGAAAUUGCAAGUCUGGAUACUGUCCCUUCAGAUGUUUUCUACUAACAAAUGUAUAAAAUUCACUUAAAAAGUUCCAUGGACUAAACAAGUCAUGGAAUGGAAACUUGGUACAAAAAAAAACUUUAAAAAUGUCUCCAAAGUAUCUGCAGAGAUAGUAGUAACUAUUUAUUUCUACAAUAGAAACAAGGCUCCUCUCAAAUAUAAAUGUUAUUUUUAGAUACAUUUUAUUAUGAAUAACUUUUGUUAUGACUAUGGCUGGUAACCAUGAGUACAUUAUUAAAAAAUAUGUGUAGUUGCUUUGUUUAUCGCUUUGCUUUGUAAAGGCAAGUGAGCAUACAGAAGUAUUAGUAAUUUUUUCUAUGGUAAAGCUGUGCUUAUUUUGUAAUUUUAUUUUUUGUUAUUAUUUGUAUCUGCAAAAGUUAUCUGAAGCUGCUUUUAUGCUGACAUCGUUCACUAUUAAAGCAAAGUCGAUUUUCCCUCCCCUAUUGUCAUCCCCUACGAAAAGAUUUGUUGCUGUAUCUUAAGUCAGCUGGGUGUUUCUCACUCGUGUGUCUGCACUUCAUUAUUGGAAGUCCUUGCGUUUGACAGUAUAUCAUGGCACAGUACACCUUUUUUAAUGUCAGAAUCAUUUAGAAGUGGCUGUUUUAAGCCUAACCCUGUUUGCUGAUAUUUGGUUUAAGUUAAUUUGCUGCUUUCUUUGUUCAAGGUGAAAUCCAUGUUAUAUUUUCAACACUGUGGAAGUACCUUUUUGCAAAAGGAGCAACAAGUAUACAAAAAAAAAAUCUCAUACUGAUCUAUGCAUUUAAAAAAAUACAGCUUGCUUGUUGUGGUCUGUAAACCAGCACGUACAUAUAGUUGUACAUAAAUGUUAUGCAAACCCCCUUAACUGAAAAUGUCAUUUGAUGUUCUGAUUUAUCUUGGAUUGGAAUGGCAGUUUAGGCCUGAAGGUUGAGUACAUGAUCCUCUAAACCAAAGGAGUAAUGAAGCAGCACUGUUAAAAUAUAUUGCUUUCAGUUGAAAUGCUGACAAGUGCAGGUGAAAAGCUCAGUUCUUCUUCUCUGGUUGUUUGUGUACCGCUGCAUGCAGAGCUAUUGAAACUUUCAUGCAACAUGUGGCUGUGCCUUCUCUUGUUUGUGUAUCUUUUUUGUAAACCAGGGCUAAGUAGAAGUGUGUCCCAGUUUUAAAAUUGUUUUCCACAUUUCUCACUUUUGUUGACAUUUUCAGUUGUCUGAAAGAGAUGUAAUGCCUUACAGUGUGGCAAGAACUUUGUGAAACCUCAUUAGUGUCAAAACUUGACUAUGCACUGAAAAGCUAGGGAUGUACUGGCAGGUGCCAGAUCUCUUUAUGGGGUGCAUAUAAUUUAUGUGUAUAAUGUUCCUCUUUAAAAUUUAUGUAAACAGAAAGUUUUAUGGGGAAAUAUUAAAGUGUUUCUUGUUACAUACAAUGCAUAGCAGCAGUAAACCAUUUUAUAUAUACAGCAGACCACUCUGAAAUGUACAACCAUUUUGAGUGUAGUUCCCAUGAAGUUCAUUUGCACUUUGCUUUUGCUGUUGUCACUUUCUUUGUAUUCUGGUUUAAAACUCUUUAGUGUAGGACUGUUGCUUAUAUGUACGCAUAUGUGUUCCCAAAUCUAUGGGAAAAGGUUUAAUUUUGAUAUAAAAAGAAAACACAUUGAGGUAUGCCAUAUGUAUUUAAAAAACACACUGAGGUGUGCCAGAUGUAUUUGAAAAUGAAAUACUUUAUUGACUUCUGCAGUACAGUGUAAUCCACUGGUUAAUCACAUAAUAUUGCACAAAUUAACAGUUACAAUUUGAAAUAUUUGUUGGUCCUGUGUGAAGCAAGAGAGCAAGUAUGAGUAAUUUGUUUCGUAUCAGGCCUAAAUGUUUUUUGCAGUCACAACAUUGGAUAGACAAAUUCCUUUUGACAGUUGUUUUCUUUAAGGCACACUUGUGUAGGUGGUGCCGACUUGAUUGACAUACAGAUGGGGCUGACAGUUUAGUGUUUGACAUGUUUAAUUGUUUUUCCUAAUUCUGUAUUUUGUUGAACAUUAAAAGGUUUACGAAGGUUAAAGUAGAA